AUGAGUAACAAAUCUAGAGUAAUCAAUGUCAGUUCAACAGUGCAUGCGUUUUCAAACGUUGAUUUUAAUGACAUCCAUUUCACAAAAGGUAGAGAAUACGAAAGAUUUGUUUCGUAUGGACAGUUAAAAACAUGCAAUUUUUCGUUUUCAUUGGCUUUGACAAAACGGUUUUUCAACGAUGGUAUUGCAUCAAAUUCAGUUAUGCCUGGAAAUAUCAAAUUUAAGUUAGUUAAGGCGGGAGCCUCAACAUCAGUUUGGGCUGCAGUAUCUCCAGAAUUAGAAGGAAAAUCUGGUCUGUAUCUGGAGAACUGUUCUAUUGGCAAAGAAGAAUCAGACAUUGAAAAGAUGCGGACUAUAAUCUUAGGUUAUGCACAAUUUAUUAUGGAUGAUGAAGCUGCUAAUAAGCUAUGGAACAUUUCCGAAGAGCUGCUAAGUGAAAGAUCUCUCUAA